UCAUGACUGCCGACAUUAAAUUUGAUGGGGAACCAUUGACAAAGCUCUACUCCACAACCGCGGAAGAGUUGUGCAAUAUCAUCAUGACAAUCGAAAUCCUGUGUGCUUGAUCCACUGCCUUCAGACCUAUUAAAGCAAUUUCUUGAAGAACUGCUUCCUUUGAUUACCUCAAUCAUGAACAAAUCAUUGGUUAAGUCAAAGGUUCCAUUGUGUAGAAGGCACAUGUAAUGCCAUUUUUGUAGAAGCCUGGAAUAAACAAGGAGGCGUUGAAGAACUACCACCAAGUAUCAACUCUGCCUCUCUGUUUAGAGGUUCAUCUCUAUGAAAACAGUCUCCAUGACAAUCUGCAUUCGGCCUACCGCAUGGGACACUCUACUGAGUCCAUCUAAUCACUUUAAACUGCUACCCGAAUAAUUAGAACAAGGUGUAAUAUAUCGUCAAUACACCAGACUUUAUCUAAACUCGAAGACGACAAUCGUUAUUUCAAAUCUACACAACCUGUUGCUAGGUCUACGCAGAGUUUUUCAUUAAAACUUCACACAAUCAAAUUGCAUGUAUUGCGCAGCUGUUACAGUAAUGCUCUCGCGGAUAUGAAAGAUCAUGUAAACAGUAAAAUAUCCACACUACAAAAAGAGGAGAGAGUAUUUACUAUUGGCUUUGAAACACAACUAUAAUUAUAAGUGUCACACAACGGGGAAAUGGCGAAAAACAUAGAGGAUUACAAAGUCAACGGAUGUGAUUGCGAAUCAGUUCCAUUUAAUGAAAGUGCUAACGAGGAUGGAAAAGAGGAAUGCCAGACGAAGGCCCCUAUCAAAGAAUAUCGAUCAUUUCUACACGAGAUUCUUCAUAACGAUGCCACUAGAUUCAAGACCUUGCUGAGUGUAUGCGCCGCUUCAGGUUUCUGCAUACUGGGAUGGACAAAAGGCCAGUUCGGACCUGCAUUCUUAGAUAUUCUGCUCAUCUGUAGCACAAGCCUUGAAGAAGGAUCUUUGUUCAUGACGUCGUAUUUUAUAGGAAGGGUGAUGGGUUCUAUUCUAGGAGGAGCUAUUUAUUCCAGACUAAACAGAUACCUUAUUCUUGUAGUCGCCAUGACUACCAACAGUCUCAUGUUUGCCGUCAUACCAUGGUGUACAGUAUAUGAAAUGAUGAUUGCUGCGCAUGUUCUACAUGGUAUUUCCGGUGGAGUGAUGUCUGUUUCUUUAAUAUCGAUAGCAGCGUCAAUCUGGGGAACUUCGGCGAGGGGUAGGGUGUAUAUGAACAUCUUCUACGCUGCUUAUGCUAUCUUUGGAUUCCUCUCGCCCAUUGUGACGUCACCGUUCUUGAUUCCAACAACGACAGAUGUCACGAUAUACAAUGCAUCUCUGAACGUAUCUAACGAAAUGUUCGAUGACGUCAAUGGAAACGGCUCUUACAUCCAAUCUGUUCCGAAGUUAAAUGCGACUCAUACAGAAUCACCCGAAUCCAGACUUUAUAUAGCUUUUUCAAUUUCAGCUGGAUUUGCAUUUUUGGUCACAAUUCCAUUUGUUGUAUUAUUUUUCAAAUCACCACAACAAUCAGAGAAUAAAGUCAGGAUCGACGAGUUACGUUUCAUUGGCGAUCUUCCAAUAUUGAUAAAGAUACUUCAAUUUGUAAAUGUUGGAAUAUUUUCAGCUGUGUUCGUUGCAAUGAAUUAUUCAUUUAGCGGCUUUCUGACAGUGUUUUGUGUUCAACAUUUGUAAUGGACAAAGACAGCCGGUUCCAUGUUAACAUCCGUGGCGUUUUUUGCUUUACUUUCCGGUAGGAUCUUUGGAGCGGUACUGACAAACUUCCUCAAACCAGUCCCUAUGCUAUUGCUAUCCAUCAUAUCGUGUACCGUAGGAUUUGUUGGACUUUCAGUAAGCGCCGUUUUUCUGGCUGAUGUAGGAAUAUGGAUAUCUGUAUGUGUUAUAGGAACACCUUUGGGUGUUGUUUGGCCAAGUUUUCUGAGUUGGAUCAACGAGAAUUUAAUUCCCCUUCGAGGUAAAGUGACUGCAUACCUAAUGAUAACUGCCUUUGCUGGGGCGCUCCUGAGUCCGAUGUUGUUCGGAUAUAUGAUGGAAGAGGUAUCGCCAAUAUGGUUCUGUUUUUUAAGCUUAGGGAAGGCUAUAGUUACUAUCAUCAACGUGACAUUGUUUUCUCUGUAUACGAGGUUCUUUCACAAAUGAAAUAAAAAGUAGAACAGUAAACAUGUAGACACAUGAACAUUUUAAAAGAAAAAUAGGCAAACAUGAGACAGGGAGGUACUUUAAAUGGGUAAAACAAAUGCCCUCAUGCAUCUUUAGAAGUGUUUAAUCCAAUUACGACAUCACUGCGAGACAUCUAUUCGAACCAUUACCUGUCAGAAUAAAGCUCAUGCGCCAAAUGUAUGAGGAUUGCUUCGAUGAUUAUUUAACCAUAAUAGCUUUUUUUUUGGUUAUUACUGACUAUAACUACAUGCAGUAUAUCAAAGCUGCCUGUGUCUGUUGAUAAAUGGAUUGAUAGGUUUCUGAUUUACAAUAUAUUUUCCUUGGGGUAGAUAUAUGUAAUGAAAUAUAUACAUGACAAUCUUUUCUGUUGCUACGGUGCUUGAUAGAAUACUGAUAUGUACCCCAUUCAGACAUCGGGUCGGUCAGUUUGGUUCAGUUCAGUUUUGUUUGAUGAAUUGAGCUUAGAGUCAUAUCAACAGCUAUGGUCAAUUAAGUGAAGCACUUCCAUGUGUGAAAUGUAUGCGGUGUAAUGGGGGCAUGUUACUGGUGUAUAUGUGAAUGCCGAUUUAAGAGUACUACCUUGUAAAAAUACCAUGCCUCAGAUACGUAUCACAAGCGUCAAAAUAGUCAUAUUCUACUAACAACGAGUACAUUAGUCAAUAUCGCUUUCAAUAUAAAGCUUACUUCAAUUAAUCCAAUUAACAGAACCAAUCACCACCCUUUCUUGGCCAAGUGCAGGGUUUUUAAGAAAGGCGUUAGGGAUAAAACAGGUAAUAGAUAGAAAAGGACAUAUAAAAAAAACUUUGAGAUUCGCAAACCAGUUUUAUUAUGGCCUCUGCUGUGUCACCAACGAGAAGGUUCAAUUGCGAAUACAUAAUACUACAAGGGGGUUACUUUAUAAAUCGUCUUUUACGAAUCAUUCAGAGAAUAAAACAUGUUCGGUUUUUGCUUUGCUUUCCGGUAAGAUCUUUGGAGGGGUACUGACAAACUUUCUCAAACCAGUCCCUAUGCUAGUCCUAUCCUGUCGUGUAUCGUAGGAUUUGCGAAUCAUUCGGAGAAUAAAACAUGUUCGGUUUUUGCUUUAUUUGUGGUUGUUUUUUAAACA